AUGCGGUCCACUGGCGAUACGUCGGCCCAAACCGUCGACCAUUUGGACGUGUCGGGGGACUUCCAGUGUAGCAGUGUCGAACAGGAUGUAUUCAAAAACCAAUCUGAUCUUGACCUUGUCGACCUCUACACUGUGGAUGAGCCUGGGAACUCUCACCCUCUUUUCAAACACUCUGGGAUCUAUCUUGAAGGGCUGAAUGGCGAAAAGAUUCGCGGAACGGCGCUAUUCGACGGCGCUGCGGGCGCUGGCAUACUUGACAGCAAGUGGUUCGAACAACGAAGACGAAGGCUGGGCGAGGCGAGCAUCUCCCGGCUGCAGAAGCGGUUGCGGAUGGCGAAUGGGGAGAUUGUGACGUCAGAUGCCCAUUGGGAAGGAACGGUCGACGUCGGCGGGGUCCGGGUGCGGGGCGAGUUCGAAGUGAUGGACUCGGGAGGCGCGUGGGACAUCCUAAUUGGCAAGCCAAUCUUGCGAUUGCUUAACGCCGUGCAAGACUUCGCGGGGGACACGGUGCAGGUCUCAGAUGGGAGUAGAGCGGUCCUGCUCAAGAACGGUGGGGUGAUGACAAAGAUCGGGCAGAGACCGAGGCGAGGAGCCUCUGUGGGGGACGCAUUGUCCGCAAUCUCCCCCGCGAGGCGAGUACCUUCUCCGAACCUGUGCGAGCUUGAUGAUCCAGCUUGGACAGCGAUAGCGGAAAUACGCACUGCAGACCACAAGAUGGAUAAGGUGGCCACACGAGUGACCCUCCCGGGGGACGUGUUGUCCGCAACCUCCCCCCCGAGGCGAGUAGAGAGCACUGCUUGUCAACCUCGAGAGAGCACUGACCACGUUGCGAGGGGCGGGAACAGGACCAAGAUCUGA